GAGUUGGGACCGAUUGUUCUUGGUGGCAUCAACGGUCGGGGACCCUCUACCGGUACAGUUGGUCACGGGGACAAUCCUUUCCAAAUUCCAAAUUGAAGUAGCCAAUCAUCAAGAACAAUCCGCUUGUUUCUACUGCUACUACCACCAUUUGCAUGUGAGCACUAUCCCUGAGGCAUACUGUAAAGGAGUUUUUUUUUCCCCAGUGUAACCAUGUCGGAUUGUAAUUAGCGAAGUUGUGCAAUUCAGUUACCGGAAGUGAAAAGAGCAGGCAACAGAGCUGUGUAGUUGAUUGAGCUUUUUGCAGGAACUUUAUAGUUUGCAAAGAACAACAACAAGAAUCAAACAGGAGCAUAGCAACACAAGCAAAGAUACCACCAAAAUUUCUCUCCAUUGAGACCAAUACAACAGCAAAGGACACUGCCCCAUUGAGUUCCCCACCCAGUCCCAUCGGCACCAUGAGGGCCACCCUCCGCCUCGCCAUUGCCGUGGCCAUGGCCGUGGUGGUCUCCCAAUCGCUUGCUGCGACGGCUCCUGCGCCGCGUGACGCCCGAGAAACGCCACCGGCGUCGACGACGGUGCGCGCCGGAUUCUACCUCGCCGCCGACGCCCGUCUCCGGCAUCUCGAUAGGCUCGACCCCUCCCUCUACACGCACCUCUACUACUCCGCGCUGGCCGUGCACCCCACCACCCACAAGCUCGUGCUCCCCACGGACCCGGCCCAGGCGGGCCUCCUCGCCACCUUCUCCCCCACGCUCAAGUCCAAGAACCGGGCGCUCGAGACCCUGCUCUCUGUCGGCACCGCCGGCAUUGGCGCAGGUGCGGAUUCGCAGACCGACCCAGCGUUCGCCGCCAUGGCCGCGGACCCGGCGUCCCGCGCGGCGUUCGUUGCCGAGGCCGUCGCGCUGGCCCGGGACAGCGGCUUCGACGGGCUCGACGUCGCGUGGCGGUUCCCGGCAUCUGCCGUGGAGAUGGCCAACUUCGGGUUCCUCGUUUCCGAGUGGCGCGCCGCCGCGCCGCCGGGGUUCCUGCUCACCGCCACGGUCUACUUCUCCAACCACGUCUUUGACGCGCCGCUCCCGGGCGUGGACUACCCGUCCGAGGCCGUGGCGAGAUGCCUCGACUGGGUCAAUGUCGUGGCGUUCGGUCUCCACCCGCUCGCCGCGGGUGCGACCAACGCGACGGCCUUCGACGCGCCGCUCUAUGACCGGGCGUCCCACUUCUCGGCGAGCUACGGCGUCGUGUCUUGGAUCGACGCCGGCGUGCCCGCGAGCAAGGUUGUCAUGGGCCUCCCGCUCUACGCCUGCUCGUGGUUCCUACGCAACAAGGCAAACAGCGGCGUCGGGGCGCCGGUGGUCGCCGCGGGGCCGAAGCAGCACGGGAGCAACGCCACCGGCAUUAUGUCCUACGCCGAGGUCCAGAAAAUCGCCGCUGCCGGCGGGGGCAGCCACCGCGCGGUCACCACGACGUUCGACAACGCGUCCGUAGCGUCCUACCUGUCCAUGGGUGACGUCUGGGUCGCCUUCGACGGUGCGGCAGUCGUGGCCGAGAAGCUCGCCUUCGCAGCGCGGCGUGGGCUCCUCGGCUACUUCCUAUGGCCGGUGAACUACGACGACGCCAACCUCACCGUCUCAAGAAGUGCAUUGGAUGUCUGGAUGAAGAACGAGAUUUCGUCGAAUUCGAAGAAUGACACCGGCGUCAGGCAGACACAGGGGCCGGUUCGGUUGCCGCCGGCUCUCCAGUCCCCUGCAGGAACGCCAGGACCAGGGCCGGCGCCGACGUCUGGGUCGCGCUCAUGGCUGCCUUGGACGAAGCUUGACGCGUUCCUGCAUUUUGGGGGGUUAAUUCUUGUGUGCUUUUAGUCGUAACAAGCUUGCUAUGGUCCUGCAUUUGGGAUUACUUGAGUUCUGUAAUCGAACUAUCGAAGAGAAGCAUCAUUGCAUAAAUUGUGCAUUUUGUAUUCUAA